UUUGUGGCCGGGGCGCGGUGCCGGAAGCCCGUUGCCGCCGCUGCCGCCGCCAUGUCGUCGGACGCGGAGGUGCUGGGCGCGCAGCCGGCCGGUAACGGCGCGCUGGACGGCGCCGAGGAGGACCCGGCCGCCGCCUUCCUGGCGCAGCAGGAGAACGAGAUCGCGGGCAUCGAGAGCGACGAGGGGUACGGCAUCCUGGACAGCGGCGACGUGCCGCCCGCGCUGCAGGCCGCCGACGGAUUCGCUCCCGGUGCUGUUGAUGGAAUGAUUAAUGGAGAUGUCUAUCAGGAGAGUAACGGUCCAACAGACUGCUAUGCUGCCAUAUCACAAGUAGAUCGACUGCAGUCAGAACCAGAGAGUAUUCGUAAGUGGAGAGAGGAGCAAAAAGAGCGCCUGGAGCAGCUUGAUGCUAACUCACGAAAGCAGGAAGCAGAAUGGAAAGAGAAAGCAAUAAAGGAGUUGGAGGAGUGGUAUGCCAGGCAAGAUGAAAAGCUCCAGAAAACAAAAGCCAGCAACAGGGCAGCGGAAGAAGCCUUUGUGAAUGAUGCAGAAGAUGUUUUUCCGGGCACUGAGUGGGAACGUGUGGCUCAGCUCUGUGACUUUAAUCCCAAGUCUAGUAAGCAGGCUAAAGAUGUGUCCCGCAUGCGUUCAGUCCUCAUCUCACUCAAGCAGGCUCCGCUGGUUCGCUGAAGGAAAGCACAAUGGAAACACUACAAAUGCAAUAUCUUAACCUUACUCAGAGAAGCUGUGUUUGCAGUAAUUGGAUUAAUUGUUUCAAUGUUCUUUUGGACCAAACCUCAUGAUGUAUCUAGAGCUGAUCAUUGUUUGAUUGCAUGUUCUUCCUCGUGUUUCCUUCGUGUCUGGGAGAACCUCCAGAACCGUAGUCUCUGUGCUGUUUGCACUGAGAUGUCACUUCCAACAUUACUGAUAUUAAAGAUCUGUUAAACAGCAAAA